AGAGAGAGAGAGAGAGAGAGAGAGAGAGAGAGAGAGAGAGACGCAUAGACAUAAUUCAAGAAAAUGUUGCCAUUCCAAACGCUUGAAGAAGCAGGGAUUUUUCUUGGGAGAAACCUAACAAUUGCAGAGACAUUAUGGUUCAAAUACUCGGCCGGGAAGCCCGAUUACAUCCUGUAUUGUCAUAAUACACUGUUCUUGUUCAUCUUCUAUACAUUGUUCCCAUUGCCAUUUGUUUUUCUUGAAUUAGUGCGUUCCAAGAAGGUUGAUCAAUUCAAGAUUCAGCCCAGAAUCAAGAAUUCUUUAUCCGGCAUGUUUGAUUGUUACAGAAAAGUUUUGCUUACAUUUGUUGUUGCUGUUGGCCCUUUGCAAAUCUUUUCUUACCCUUUUAUUGAGAUGAUUGGAAUAAGGACAAGCUUGCCAUUGCCAUCUGGUUGGGAGAUGUUUUGGCAGAUAUUGGUGUACUUUCUUGUCGAGGACUACGCGAAUUACUGGCUACACAGGUUGCUUCACAAUGAAUGGGUCUACACCAAAAUCCACAGAGUUCACCAUGAAUACAAUGCUCCAAUUGGAUUUGCAGCUCCCUAUGCACAUUGGGCAGAAAUAAUAAUCCUCGGUUUCCCCUCAUUAUCAGGUCCAGUCAUUGUUCCGGGACACAUGAUCACCUUCUGGCUAUGGUUUAUUCUGAGGCAAAUGGAAGCCAUUGAAAUUCACAGUGGGUAUGAGUUCCCUUGGAGUCCUUCGAAAUUUAUUCCAUUUUAUGGAGGAGCAAUCUACCAUGAUUACCACCACUAUGUCGGAGGAAAUUGCCAGAGCAACUUUGCUUCAGUAUUUACUUACUGUGAUUACAUUUAUGGAACCGACAAGGGAUACCAAUACCACAAGGAAGUUUUCGAGAAGACACGGAAGCGAAUGUGAGGAAAACAUGGAGACAGCCAUGCUGUGAAAACAAGUCUUGAAACUUACUGUAUGUGCAAGUUUUCUGAGGACGGCUAUUAUUUUGAUUUCUACUUUAAAACCAAAUUCUUGAUAUUGGGUUAGCGUAAAAUGACUAUACGAAGGUUAUUAACGUGAUUAUGACUUUCUGUAUUGAUCGAUUAAUCAAGUAUGUAGAACGAAUUCUAAAACAGUAACUGAAGUUGCUAUAAAAGAUAUUGGAAGCCUGUACAUGCCAAAAUAUUUUGUUUCUUUUUUUUA